AUUUUGGUUGAUGUUGUUUUUUAGCCAUACGUUGCAGGCAGUGUUGCCGUUUCUGGUAGGUUCCUGCCAAAAUUGGUAGGUUUUGUUUCGUUUUGGUAGGAUGGUAGGUUGACCUCAAAUUUUGGUGGGUUCUUCCAACCUACGAGUAUAAAUGCCGAGCACAUUACUGAAAAAGUUGGGGGUAACUCACAAUUGUUUGACUUGCUUUCGUUUCAGUGUAUGCAGAAUUAAACCAUUUUUUUUCUUUGAAUCAAAGUACCACUUUGACCUCGAGCUUGAAGUUUCAAUGAAAAUCAUCUGGUAUAAUUAUUAAAAGCCUUUAAUGACCCGAUCUAAACUAUAUUUCUCACGUACUCGGCGUGGACGUCGGUAGUCUAAUACUGUUAAACUGGUCUGUUUCAAAUUUCAGAAAAAAUUGCAUAAGUUCUGAUAAUGACUACGAGAGUACUAGAUCCCUUGCUCUUUUGGCUUUUGUCCGAUUGUCUUCAAUCGGAAGACCAGGCUAUAUGGCAGCUACAUACAAGUAUGGUCGGAUCUGGCCCAUACUCGAAUGCUGAGGGGUACAAUGCAACUCGUAACGGCGGAAGCGGGUAGUAAAUCUGGAGACAACUUUAUCCGACAUUGUUGUUCAACAGACAGACGGAAGGACAUGGCCAGAUCGUGUAUGAAUAUUGAAACGACCUGGUAUAUGUUGCAUUUUUGGCUUGUAGAACAUUUGGUAGGUUUUGGUCGCGUUUGGUAGGAUUUUUUCUUUAAUUUUCGUAGGAAAUAAUUUUCUUGAGUGGCAACACUGGUUGCAGGUAUACAUAUCGAUUGUUCUUCACUUUUCUUCUUUCUUAUUAGUCUUUUAUUCUCACUCUCUCAUUCUGGAUGCAACCGUGCGGCCGAAAUUACUUGUCCGCCUAUAAAUCUUAAUCUCCCGAUUCGAAUCCUGGCGAGAAAAUCCGAAAAUAUGCCCCUUAAUUGAUUCGAUCACGCUUCAGCCUCUUAACAUUAAGAGCUCAAUCCCAAGGCAGCCGGUUGUACGUACCGGAUUGACCCGAUGAAGGCCUUCAUCGGCAAGGGCUGCCGUCUCAGUGUACAACACAACACACUGCUACAACAACAACAUUAAGAGCUGAAACUUGGUACAGAUCAUUUUUUUUUAUCUACAGUCAUGUUCAGUUCGAAUAUAGAAUUCCAUUUUCGAACUAUAUUUAUAUACUGUCCCCUAUAUAACCAACCCCGGUUUAGUGUAUUCAGCUCAUAAAAGAAAUAUUUUUUUUGUUCAAGUUUUUUGCCCGUUAGAGCGAAGAUUAUUAAAUUUUACAAUUUUUGUUUGUUUCUGUUUCGAGACGAGGUCAAUGAUCGGAGAUUGCAAAUGAAAAAGAAAGCCAAAUAUAGCAACACACACCAACCUCUAUGGGACGCGUUUCGUCUUUGGUUAGAAGACUUUUCAACCACAUUAGGUGUGAUGGCUUCAAGGGCCGUGCAUUGGUAUCUCGUAUUUGAAUCGUAUAAAUUGCGAAAACGCCUCUAUGAUACAAUUACCAAAUUAACCACGCUCGACAACCCUGUCUAUUAACUGUACUUUUUCCCAAUGCAUGUAUUUUUGUGUAAUGACAGACUUUUUUUCUGUGGCAAUUACACUUCUUCCGUAGUACACAUGUAUAUGUGCAUCUGUUGGAAGUUGUAUUGGUGGCUUCGAACGCUAGGCAACGGAAACGGCUCUGGCUGUUGCUCUGUGUGCCCAGGUUCGAAUGCCGGCCGGGCCCUGCCGAAUUUUUUAAUUUUUCAAGUUUUUUGCCUGUUAGGAUGAAGAUCAUUAAAUUUUACAAUUUUUAUUUGUUUCUCUUUCGAGACGAGCUCAAUGAUCGGAGAUUUUACUCUAUUUAUUCAAAAUAUCCAAAAAUGUCUUAUAUUAGUUCUCCUUUUAUACGUAAAUGGUCUAGAUCUAGAAAGCUGACACAUAGAUCGAUCUGCUAAUAUAAGGUUGAGCAUGUUCAGCUCAUAAAAAGAAUACUUUUUACACAAGUUAUUCAAGAUAUCCGAAAGCGUGCUAUAUUAGACCUCCUUUCUUUCGAAAAUGGUCUAGAUCGUAUCAUAUUUCGAUCUUCCAACUAAAGGUUUAGAAAUUAUAGAAAGCUAAUUUUGAUAGCCGAUUACGCUAAAAUUUAAUCAAUCCAUUGUAGAGAGAGAGCGAGAGGGGCAUGAUACCCUCUACGUUUGCGUCGAACAACAUGUGAACAUCUUGGCCUCAUAAAAAACGGAAAUUUAGAUAAUUGGUAUUACUGAUCUAUCUACGUCCUUUCCCAAUACGGUCCACAUCAAAUCUUAGUUGAAUAUAGCUGUUAUACCGUUCUCCAGAUGAGAAAUAUACCUAUGGUUGUGGGUAUCUAAUUUUGUGGCUUGGGCGAGCUAAUGACACAUUUUUUAUUUUUGCUUGGUUUUAGCGUUGAGUAUGUGAGUAAAUAAUGUGUUUUCGUAUCGGUGUAUCAGUAAUCUCCUUUAUUAACUAAUAUUUUCUUUACCAAAAUAGUAAUAGGCCGACUUUAGGAACAUGUCAUGCCGAACAAUGGAAAGUGGUACCGACUACUGGUAAAAAAGAGUUUUUUUUUUUUUUUUAAAUUUAAAAUGUCACAAAAUUAAUAAAACAAAUUUUUGGUUAAUGCAUCUAAAACAAAAGAAAAUUUCAAAUCGUAAUUACCAAAUUUCAAUUGAAUUGAACAUUUGUAAUAGGAAGGAGGAUAGAUGGAAAAGGCAAAAUCCUUAAACUGCCGACUACUGGUGCACUUACCCUAUACAGCUAUAUCACAUUAUGAUCCGAUCUGGACCAUAUCGAGCAAGGAUUUUGAGGAGCUAAAAAAACUUACAGUUUCCAAUUUCGUUGAUAUUAGGUUGUUGCUGUAGCAGUGUAUGUGUGCCCUGAUGAAGGACUACAUCGUGUCAAUCGAAUACGCACAACCGACUGUCAUGGAAUUAAGAACAUGUUUUCGACUUUUAAUCUUGAGAUCGGACUACACGGCAGCUUCAUCAAAAGAGUCCGAUCUGGACCUUAUUCGGAAAGAGUGACCCUAGCACAAAUCUCUGUUCCAAAUUUCAACGAAAUCGAAAACAAAUGUGACCGUAUAGGUCCAAGACCCCCUAUUGGAAGAUCGGUCUAUAUGGCGGCUAUGUUGCACUUACCUAUAAAUUACUUAAAAGUAGGUCAUUCAUGUGACAGCGAAAGAGAUGUGACAAAUAACGACGUUAUCUUUAUUUAAAUGCAUAUCACAAGUUUGCCACUAAAUCCAUCAGACGAAGAAGUGACACAUAUGUAAAAGUCAUAUUUCGAUCUACGCUAUGCUAUGAUUUAUUAAAUAAAAACCUUCUGCAAAGUUUUGACUUUGGCACUUACAUCUUGUUGGCAUUUAGAGGAGGAUAUAUUAAUGCAGCGAAUAUUAAUACAGAACAAGCUCUGUUAUGUUGAUCACCUUAUAAAAUAAACACUUCAAGCUGUGAUAAGGUCGAAAACCUUUGUUGUUGGAACCUAGUUACAUCUUGUGCUAUGGCGAAUAUGUGCCGCAUUAUAAGCAACACUAUACGUGUGUUGAGCGUAAACCAAGCAGCAUUGACGCAGCUAGCAUUUGCACAAAACAUGACAAAAAAGGAGCGUUUAGGUGUUAUGAAGGCUUCAGAAACUCAUCCGUAGUAAGUGAACAAAAGGUUCGGAGUAGAAUGGAAGAUGUCGUUUUUUGUGGCUGGCCAGAAAGGGUUUUUAAUCCCAUCAUGGAUUUGCAAGGAUUUCACCGAAUCAAGUCUCUGACCAUAGAGUACAGUCAUUCGGAAAUAAUUUUAGAUUUUCCGGAAAUGUUUUACCUACAGACAAUCAACAUUUCCUGGACGAACUUGUCUCAUCUAGGCAGUCAGAAAACUUUCAAAAAAAUUCACGCAUUGAAAAUUGUAGAUCUCAGGUGGAAUAAACUGAUGCAACUGGAUCCUUUAUUGCUGCCGCCGACUUUUGAACAUCUGUAUUUGGGGGGUAAUCCGUGGAACUGCACAAAGAAUUUUAAGUGGCUUUUGGUGCCGGAGAAGGGUAACUAUGUUGCAGAUCGUGAGCUGUUGGUAUGUGCUGAUCGCAAAUAUAAGGAUAGGAACGUGACGACAGUCAUGAAUUAUAAAGUGAUGCUAAGAAAUGCUUGCCAAUCGCACGAGGAUUUAAAAAAUUGUUCUUGUUCCAUGCAUCACAUUAUUCCAAAGACACAUUUGCCUUUGUACACAGUCAACUGCUCCCACUUGGGCUUGCAUUUUUUACCCGCAUUUUUGCCGGAAAAUACAACAACGUUAUUUGCCAACAACAAUAAGAUUACAGACAUAUCACCCUUGAGGAACAAUAUUCACUACCGUUAUGUGGUUGAUGUCCACUUGGAUAACAAUAUGAUAGAGACCAUAGAUGUGCUAGAAGGCGGCUAUUGGCUGGAUCAUUUUCGUUUGUUAAGUUUAAAAAAUAACAAAUUAAAAAAGAUACCUGUGUAUGCACUGGACAAUGCAUUGGACGACAAUGCAAAUGCGAACCUCUUGCUUCUAAGUAUGAACCCCUGGUACUGCUCAUGUAAAUUUGGCAUGCGCUUCAGGGAGAUCGUCAUAAAAUACAAUGACAUCCUAAGGGACGCUUGGAAUAUAACAUGCACCUACAAACAAGAUGAAGAGGAAAAAAUGUCAACAAUUAUGGCCAUAACCAGAGAAGAUGUUUGUAAGCCCAAGAACGAAUCCAAAAUACAUGUCCUGGAUUGGAUUAAUGGAGCAUUGGCUAUAAUGAUUCUACUUAUAUUGGCCAAGUUAGGAUACGAUUACUACCACUACAAGAAUUAUGGACGAGUUCCAUGGAUAGUAAUGAAAUUGCCAUGAAAUUGUGUUCGGUACGGUAAUCAAUGGCAUUUACUUACAUAGAAUAGAAUAAAGUUCGGAUAUCAUUUUCAAAUGCCAUUUUAUUCAAAACUAGAACAAUGCAUGUGUGCUUAUGCCUAUAACUAGUAAUACAAUUUAACUAAUUCUUAUUGCAAAUUCCUAAAAUGUAUGCCAAAAAGUAUUUCAUUAUAGUUAUAGUAAGUUUGCCUUCUUAAACAAUGCUCCUAACAUUGGUUAUAUG